UCAUUAGCUGAAGUUAGACAUGAUUUCAGUGUCUUGUUCAUAGUGGCAUGGAAAGGAUAAAUAAUUACAGAUUAAGAGAUAUUAGUGAGGUUGACUGUGUUAAAACAGCCAGCUAACCUGUCCUGUACAUUGUUAGCUAACAGCGCUAACGCUAUUUAAUCAGCUGUGAUAACGAGUCAUAAAGUUACUGUAUGUUAAGUCACAGCAAGGCCUGACAUAAAGUUGAAGCUUAGCGCCAAUUCAGCUAAAGUUAGCUGGGGCUGUAAGUGAGUUUUCUCUGCUUCCCAACGUCGUUUCGGUCCGAGAGCGCGUGGGGGUGACAGUCGUUUCCCAGGGCCUGCAGCCAUCUUUACUGUUAGCAUUAGAAGACGUUACCACACUUUGUUCUUCAGACGUAUCAGAAAAAUGACAAGAAGGCUAGCUGGUCAUUGUGCUAACUCCAGUUGAAGAUAAGAAGUGAUAGAAAUACAAGCGAAACACUGGCGUCGCUUUCCACCCCCCAGAGUCAACUUCUGGCAGUAAAGGAAUGAAGUUUGAUGCUGAACUUGCAACGUUUCUUCGAGACAGGAGUAAUUACUGCAGAUGACGAAGAUGAGGCAGGUAGCUGAUGGACAGCGCCCUGGGCUCAGACAAAAGACACCUGACGCUUGUGGAGAGACUCCAACAGAAACCAACAUCGCCCCAGUGGCUUUUAACAGGAACCACAACAGUGUCGUGUGUCUCCCCUUGCUCUCUGAGAGUCAGAGGCUUAUAUGGGUGCAGUCAAACCAGAUUGACCUACAGCUGGAUGGUGCAGCAGAGCUGGACAAGGCCUUCGACAGGUUCCCGUACCUGACUCAGAAACAGACGGUUGCUCUGGCGCAGCGCUGCUCUCUUCACCCAGACCAGGUGAAGGUGUGGUUCAUGGUACAGAGGCUCCGCUACGGCAUCAGCUGGGACUAUAAAGACAUCCAAGAGAUUCGGAGGAAGAUCACGUCGAGUCAGGAAAAAGAUCAGGGAGAGGAAGAGCUGCAAAACAGGAUGGGAGAAGAGGUGCAAGAGAAUAGAGGGAAGAAGGAAAAACAGAAGAGAGAGGUAAAAGAAUCUGGUGAGAGGAAGGCUGGAAAGGUCAAAGAGGAACAGAGUGCAAAUGAAGGUAGGAUGAUGGGAGAAAAUGUGAGGGCUAGUGAGCUAUUGGAGAGCAAAAUGAAGCAGCAGCAAGAAGAGAACAAAGAGAAGGACAGAAAAGUAGAAACAGUGGAGGAAGUCAAAAGGAAUACUCGGAAAAAGAGGAAAAAGAUGGCAGUGGCAGACAAGAUGGGAAAGAAGAGGAUGAAGCAAGACCACGAUGGUAUCGUGGAGGGAGAGCGGCAAACAUCCAACCUGUCAGAGACAAAAGUUUCCACCAAAGAGAAAAGGAAGGCGAAAGCAAAGGAGAGGUUAAUGUCUGGCCAAGAGUGGCCUGCUAACAAGAGCUCUCCUCAUGUGAUGGAAACAUGCUCAUUUCCCACUGGGAUCUUCUGCAGCAAGAGGCAGCAUCAGCUGGCGAUGAUGAAGGCGGCUUUCUCCAGCUGCCAGUACCCGACCGCUGACGACUACGACCGCAUGGCGCUGCUGAUCGGCAUCCCUCGCUACAUGCUGGUUCAGUGGUUCGGUGAUAUGCGCUACUACGUCAAGAGAGGACGACCGCGCUGGAUGAAUCAGGUGCAGCACAGCCAGGCGCUGGCCAACAUCAACUACCAGCAAUACCUGAACAAGCUGGCGAAGGCACAGCCGAGAAAGGCAACCUGGAGGAGGAAGUGUAAGAGGAGUGAAAGCACCGGUAAGGAUGAAAGUGUGAAGGUGCCUCUGGAGUAAAGAUAACACCACAACCUCUGCACCUUAUGUCCCACUAAAGGCAAUGAAGAUGAAUCACCACUUGAAAAUUUCUACUAAUUUGUGCGUUACUGGUAAUUUAGGAUCAAGCUGUUUGUCGUGCAUUUGCACCUAAAGACAACUUUUUAUUUUAACUCAGAUGCCAAGUUAGACACCUUCUUGUGAAUUCGUCUGUUCUUUUAUAUGGAGUUUAUUGUUUAUUAGUUGUUGGUGUUGGUUUAAAUGUUUGUUGAAAUACAUGUACAGUGUUUUCAAAAAGGUAUUCAUUUGCAAUCUAGAUUCAGUUUUACAUUGCAGGUGUUUAUUGUCAUUCAAGUAAAGCACUUUUAUUACUUGUUCAAACAUGACUCAUCUCGAGUAGUUACAUCAAAACAUUCAUAAACUACAAAAUGAAUGAUGACUUUUUUUCCUAUAUACAUGAAUAUUUCAUUUUUCAAAGGAAACAAUUUUAGAGUGGUUUAUUAUCAUCAAUAAUCUCUGAGCAGAUAGAAACAGAGGUUCACCUGCCAAACCAUAAUCUACAUUAAAGGAACAAAAAUAUAGUACAAUUCCAGGAUAUUAUGUUGAAUAUAUUGCACAAAUAUAGCUACGAUACCCUCUUCCAGCUACAUUACUUAGCUUCUGUUGUUACUAAAUACAGUUUCUAACACUUAA